AUGAGACAGCCUCGCCUGAAUAUCGAGGCCACGCCUCUCCCUGCCGAUUUCAUUCCCAGCCUGCAGCACCCGACACAACAGAUUCUCUGGAUUGGUUGUUCGGAUAGCGGCUUCCAAGAGACUACGAUUCUCGACCUUCUUCCCGACGAGAUGAUGGUCCACCGGAAUAUGGGCAACAUGAUAAUUGAGGGCGACCUUUCCUGCGAGACUACCGUGAAGCACGCGGUGUGUGAACUCAAUGUACGGCAUAUUGUUGUGUGCGGCCACUACGGGUGUGGAAUUGUGAAAGCGGCAUCAAGAGAAGGAUUGAAGGGGCCAUGGUCGAGCAAGCUCGACUCUCUUCAUUCGACCCAUAAGGAUACCAUCGAUCAGCUUCCUUCUACAGAACACGACCGCGCCUUCGUCAAGUUGAACGUCCUCGACCAAUUACGCUCAUUGCGACAAUUCCCCGAAGUUGCUCGUGCCGCGAAGACGGGGAGUCUACAAUUACACGGAAUCGUGUACGAUACCAAGACCGGGGAGGCUUCUCGACUGCUCGAAACCCUUGAGGUUGACGAGUGA